AUGGAAACCAUCGGUGCGGACGAUUAUACAGCAGCAGAACUGCGCAAUUGGUGUGAAAAGCUCAGCAUGCAGAAAAGCGGUAACAAGGCCACGCUUGCGGCGCGAUUGAACGGUGUGCCCCCAGAAGCCCGAGGAGUUUGCCCGGUGACUGGCGAAUUAGAAGGCGAAAUCGCUAACAAUGAUUUGGAGCACGAAAUCGUCGGAGAGUCAGCACCAGAGGUCGACAUGGAAAGCCCAAGGAGCAUGAUCGAGGACGCCGCCGCUGGAGUGGUGCCGCCAAGCAGCGAACACUGCACCAAUGCUGAAAGCAUGAAUGUUCAUGACGACGCCAGGCCCUCAACAUCUACCAAUCAUCGCGAUUCGGAGUUGGCACGCGAGGAACAUUUUCCAGAAGUUUCUACGCAGUUCGACGCCAUGCAGCGUCAACUAAGGCUGCUCCAAUUGGAAAACGAAAUGUUGAAAUUGGAAUCUGCUCGACGCCAUAACGCUGCCACAUCGGGUCAUAACAAGGCUACCCCACUAAUUCGAAGCAGUGUUGCCAAACCAAAUCAACACAAGGAUGCCACUCAAGAUCAAGAAGUCGCUGGCGGAGAUGCCAGAUCGGAGGAAGCAUUUGUAAAUAAACAAACAUUGCUAGCAAUGGCCAAGGAAAUGAUUCCGAUAUUCGACGGUGCUUCUAACAACAAACUCAAUGUUAGCACAUGGGUCGCCCAGCUCAACGCGGUCUCAAAAAUGUUUAAGCUAAGCGACGAUGUAAUUCGCAUGCUAGUGAUGUCCAAAUUAAAGGACCAUGCUCAAAUUUGGUUGCACUCUUCGGAACGUUUGCUGACUUUGCCGGUUCAAGAACUUCUAUUUCAACUUGGUGAAGCUUUCCACGGUAAGGAGAGCAAAAUAAUAUCUCGACGCAAGUUUCAAGAGCGCAAGUGGAAACCGUCGGAAGAUUUCUCCACAUACUUCAAAGAAAAAACGCUGUUGGCUACACAGAUUCGAAUAGACGAUGAGGAGCUAAUCGACAACAUCAUUGAAGGGAUUCCCGACUCCCUUCUACGACAACAGGCACACAUGCACUGUUUUAAUUCGUCUGCGCAGAUGUUGCACGCAUUUGCCAAGGUCUCGUUACGUAAACCGCUACUUUCUCCGGCUGGACGUGUUAAGGUUUCGUUCGAUAAGGAACCUGGUUCGGCGCCUCCAAAAAGGUGCUUCAAUUGCAAUGCUGUUGGGCAUUUCGCCGCCGACUGCCGCAAGCCCAAGCGCGAGUAUGGAGCCUGCUACGCAUGUGGCAGUAAGGAUCAUCUGGUGUACAACUGCACUGAGAGGAAGUUCGUAUCCGACAACGAAUAUAAUGCCUAAUCGAUUCUGGAAGUCCAAUUAGUUUCAUAAAGAAGUCAUACGUCGAAAAAAUUUUGAAAAAGGAAGAUAUUACGUUAAAUGGAAAGAUUCUUAAAAAUUAUUUUGGCUUAAACGGUAGCCCUUUAGAUAUAAUUGGAAAAAUAUCAUGUUUCGUUAUUAUCAAUAAAGAAAUUCUAAAUUUUGAGUUACUAAUUGUGACAGACAGAUCGAUGGCAUAUGGAACAGUUUUGGGAAGAGAUUUUAUGAAAAUUAGUAAUUUUAAGAUUGUUAGGGAAAAAGAUAGUUCAAAUGAUAGACAUUGCGAAAAUGAUUGUUUAAAUGAUAGAAACUUUGAAAAUUUUAUUGCAAAUGAUAGACAUUGUGAAAAUGAUCGUUCAAAUGAUAGAAAUGUUGAAAAUUUUAUUGCAAACGAUAGAUAUUGUGAAAAUUAUGAUUCAAAUUCCGGAAAUGCUGUUUUAAAUAAUGAAAAUUCUGAAGAUAAUGGUUUAAAUGAUAGAAAAUCUGAAAAUGACGUGGCUAAUGUCAAAAAUUAUGGAAAUAAGUGUUCAAUUAAUAUAAAUAAUGGAAAUGAGAGCAAAACAAGUAGUCCUUAUGACGGAUUAGAAAUACUAUCAAUUGAAUACCCCGAUCCAAUAGAAUGCAGUCAGUUAAAUAUUAACGAGAAGUGUGAAUCGAAUCUAAGAAACAGAUUAAUAGACGUAUUUGAUAAACUUUAUGUGAAUGCGAAACGUCCAGAAAUCCCAGCAGUAAAAUGGGAAAUGAAACUUAAUUUUGACAACACAAAACCAUUCAAUUAUCCUCCAAGGCGAUUAUCAUAUGCAGAAAAAAGUCAAGUUCAGAAUUUAUUAGACGAUUACUUAAAAGACGGGAUUAUACGUGCAAGCGAGUCAGAAUAUGCAUCACCAAUUGUUCUAGUUAAGAAAAAGUCAGGAGAAUUAAGAAUGUGCGUUGACUAUCGAACUCUCAACAAAAACAUGCUAAAAGACAACUACCCUACUCCAUUGAUAGACGACCUUAUUGAUAAACUUUCUGAAAAAGUAAUUUUCACCAAAUUAGAUCUUAGAAACGGGUUCUUUCACGUGCAUAUGCACGAGGACUCAAUUAAAUACACCGCGUUCACUACACCUAUGGGACAGUACGAAUGGCUCAGAAUGCCGUUCGGCUUACGAAAUGCCCCCGCAGUUUUUCAGAGAUUUGUAAAUAGAAUUUUCGCAGAUUUGGUAAAAGAGGACAAGGUCCUCAUUUACAUGGACGAUAUUUUGAUAGCAACAAAAGAUAGUAAAAGCCAUAUAGAAAUACUAACAGAAGUGUUUAAGCGAUUAGUAGAUAACAAACUGGAAUUAAGAAUAGACAAAUGCGAAUUCCUUCAAAGUGAAAUAAAGUACUUAGGAUAUGUAAUAUCAGGUGAUGGUAUUAAACCAGAUUCAAAAGGCAUGCAAGCAGUAAGAGAUUUUCCAAUGCCGACAAAAACUCAUGAAGUUCAGAGUUUUCUGGGGUUGUGCUCCUACUUUAGACGAUUUGUAAAAGAUUUUUCAACAAAGGCAAAACCUUUAUACGAUCUUGUACGAAAAGAUAGAAAAUUCGAUUUCGGUGCGACAGAGUUAGAUUGUUUCGAAACAUUAAAAAGAAAUCUUCUAGAAGCUCCUAUUUUAGCAUUGUACAGCCCUACAGAUCCAACAGAACUACAUUGCGACGCUAGCGCUUUAGGGUUCGGUUCUAUUCUUAUGCAGAAAAAGAAAGACAAUAAGUUUCAUCCAGUAUUUUACUUUUCAAAACGAACGACUGAUGUUGAAGCAAAGUACCACAGUUUCGAAUUAGAAACCCUCGCGGUGAUUUACUCUUUGCAACGUUUUAGGAUUUAUCUUCAAGGAAUUGAGUUCAAAAUAGUCACAGAUUGUAGUGCUUUUACUCUAGCAUUAAAUAAAAAAGAUUUAAGUCCAAGAAUAGCCAGGUGGGCGCUGUUUCUACAAGAUUAUGAUUACAUCUUAGAACAUAGGUCC